AAAGCGAAAGGAAACCACAUUCUCUGUUCCUCUCAGCUACGUUUCAGAUUUCACACCCCAAACCCCUAAUUUAUCUUUUCUGUUUCCAAAAUUCAAUUUUUUUUCAUACCCAGAAAAAUUCGCUCUCAUUCCGUUCAUUCUUUGUUGUUCUUCGAUUCUUGUUACUUUCUGCGGUGGUUGUUCCGGCGCGUGCAAGUUCUACCCGAUAUCUCCGGCAUCUCGAGCUGGUUCCCAUGGCGGCGGGGACAAUGGCUACCGCCGCCGGAGCGGCGGUGAUGCUUUACUACGUGAGCCGGAGGCUCGGGAGGAAGGCGGAGGAGGACGACGGCGAUCAAGCCGGCGGCGAUGCCUCGAAAUCAAGCAGAUCGGUUCGGAGAAGGAGGCUCGCUCGGAGGCCGGCUCAGGCUCCGGCGACCCUGAUUGAAUCGAUGAUCACUUUGUCGGAGACGUUGAGGUUCACCUAUUCGGAGACCCUCGGGAUGUGGCCCAUCGGCGACUUGGCCUUCGGCAUCAACUACUUCAUGCGCAAGCAGGGUAAUUUGCCAGUUGCUAGUGUGUAUGCCGGUAGUGAUUGUGUACAACUGAAGGGUAAUGAAAUUAUUGUGGAGUUAUAUGAGCUGUUGAGGUUGUUGACACUGUGUAUGCUUUUCUCUAAGAAGCCAUUUCCAGUGUUUUUAGAUUCUGCUGGAUUCUCCAACGACGAUGUUCUCCUUCAGAAGCCAAAAGCUGGGCUUCUGAAGCCUGCUUUCACAAUUAUACGGGAUACACAGUCAAAAUGUUUACUCCUAUUGAUCCGGGGUACUCAUAGCAUAAAAGACACGCUGACAGCUGCAACUGGUACUGUUGUCCCCUUCCACCAUUCGGUUUUAAAUGAUGGUGGGAUAAGCAACUUGGUUUUAGGAUAUGCACACUGCGGUAUGGUUGCUGCUGCUCGUUGGAUUGCAAAGCUCUGCGCUCCUACUCUACUUAAGGCUCUUGGUGAAUGUCCAGACUUCAAUGUCAAGAUUGUUGGGCACUCACUUGGUGGUGGUACUGCUGCACUGUUAACAUAUAUUCUUAGAGAGCAGAAAGAGUUCUCUUCAAGCACAUGCGUCACAUUUGCCCCAGCUGCUUGUAUGACAUGGGAGUUAGCAGAAUCUGGAAAGCACUUUAUCACUACCAUCAUAAAUGGGUCUGACUUGGUGCCCACAUUCUCAACUUCCUCUAUUGACGAUCUCCGUUCUGAGGUCACUGCAUCCUCUUGGUUGAAUGAUUUACGGGAUCAGGUUGAACGUACAAAGGUCCUGAAUGUUGUCUACCGCUCUGCAACUGCGCUUGGAUCUCAUUUACCAUCUAUAUCUAGCGCAAAAGCCAGGGUAGCUGGUGGUGCUGGUGCUAUUCUGUGGCCGGUAACCAGUGGCACUCAGGUUGUGAUAAAGCGUGCACAAAGUGUUGCUCAAGCUGUUGUCAGAACUCGGUCGUCGUUGUCAUCAUGGUCUUGCAUGAGUGCGCGUCGCCGAAAUGUUGGUCCAUCAUCAAACUCUAAAACAGAGGACUUAACUGAAGCUUCUCUAAUAUCUGACAGAAGUAAUGAAUCUCUUUUGACGGAAGAGGUUGUAAGAGAGUCUGUGCUUAAGGAUGAACCUAGUUCCUCAAGUGGAGGAUCUGGUCACGAUGACACUGAUGAAGAGGAACAAUUAACAGAAGGGCAGUUAUGGUAUGAGCUGCAAAAGGAGCUUCAGAAACAGGAUAAUACCAUGAAUAUUCAUGCUCAGGAAGAAGAGGCUGCAGCAGCAAAAGAGAUCACUGAAGAAGAGAAUCAGCUUGUUGAUGCUGCAGAAUGCAGUAGUUCAAUCACAACCUCAGACAACUUGGACAGCCAUCGAUUUUAUCCCCCAGGCAGAAUCAUGCAUAUUGUCUCUAUACCUUCUUCAUCUGAUGAUUCAAAUUCAAAUUCCGAUGAUCCUCUUGAGGAACAUGUCUGCUUGUAUGAAACACCUAGAGAGCUGUACAGCAAGCUCAGACUUUCAAAAACGAUGAUAAAUGAUCAUUACAUGCCAAUGUAUAAGAAGAUGAUGGAACUAUUAAUCCGAGAGCUAGAGAAAGAUAGCAGCUGUAAUAUUUUAAUGUGA